AUGUCUUCACAUGCCAAGAAUGUGACUGCGACCAUUCCUGGGAGAAGCGAUGUCCAGUGGCGGCAGGAAGAAGCUGCAAGGCUUUUGAGCCGUUCUGCCUUGGAGGUGUUGAGCCAAUGGUUUAAGCCUGCAGGCCCUAGAUUGUGCGUGGAGACCUCUGACAACGUUGACGAGGCUCUCGACGCUUUGCUGGAGGAGGCGAAGCCACAUGUGGUGGACUUCCUCUCUGACCGGCAAGUGCCAGGCGUUGUAAGCCGCAUCUUUUGGCAAGCAGAACUUUAUUUGCGCAACUUUCAGCAGGUUGCUGGAGAAGCACCGGUGGAAGAAUUUCAGCAAACAGCCAAGCUUGUUGAAGAGGAGGUGGCGCCGCAAGGGUCGCAGAUGGAGGCAGCUUUGGAGGCCGUUCUUGCCCGGCAGCAAUUUGUGGCAGCAUGUCGCUUUGGAUACUUCCUUCGCCGUAGCCAGCAGCGGCUGCGCCUUGAGAGAAUAAUGACUGGUGCAAAGUCUUUGGAGCAGUACCUCACAGACAUGAACGCCCAAGAGCAAGUGGAGCUGGUGCGGGGUGCAAGCCGCGAAGUAGUCUCUGCAGCAGAGGCACGUGCCACUGAUCUCUUUGGAACGGUGACAGAACUGCUCCGUAAAAGCAGUGAGUUGGAGCUCUCGGCAGAGGGUCGAGUGAGGCUCAGCGUGGAGGCUGUUGUCUUUGGAGCAGCCUUGUUUGAUGCCGAGGAGGAGGCAUCAAAGCACUACUCGCUGACAUUUUCUGACUUUGGCAGUCGGCAUUGA